GUUUGUGAGUGCGGCGUGUGGAAAAACCAACGCUGCAGAUAAUCUUCAGAUCAGUUGGCAUCAGUGGAGGGAGAGAUGACUGAAGGUUUUGAGGGCUUUUUGAUAACUGCUCUUAUUCACUCAGUGAGAAGGGCUGGAUGGUCGGCAUUGAGUCAGUGGAACACUCUGGAAGAAGGAAUCCCCGUUUCUUCUUCUCGCUCCGGACAGAUCGAGCGAGGAACGCCACUGUAGUUUUUGGCCACAAGCGUUACCAUGCCAACGACUGGAUCCGUCUGGCUGUGGCCUAUGAUGGCCGGCGGAUGAUGCUGUACGUCAACGGAGCGAGGGUUGGCACCUCUGGUGGCCAGCUGGGAGAUCUGCACAGUUCUUUCAUGAGCUCCUGCCGGACAUUACUGAUAGGUGGGGAUAGCUCCCAGGAUGGGCACAGUUUCCGUGGUUACCUGGCUAGCUUUGCCCUGUGGAAGACUGCAAAAUCUCAAGAAGAGCUGAUGCUGAGUUACCGUCAAGGUAUUCCCGCGGGAGAUCCCACCUUGAUCGUGGAGGCAGAUUUCUCUAAAAUGGAAGACCAGUGGAUACCGGAUAAGGACAAUCACUACCCCAUCUCGGAGCAGAUGCUCCUUCCACAGCCUAAACUGGUGUCUCCUCUGAACCCUCCGGCUUGUGGCCUGACGGUUUGCGACAACAUUAACGUCAUUGGAAACUAUAACAGUUAUUGGCCGCUCCGGGAUAAGAAGGUUAUCCGCUACCGAGUGGUCAAUGUUCAUGAUGACCAGCGGCGCAAUCCCACAGUCUCCAAGGAGCAGAUUGAGCUCCAGCACCAGGCCUUGAACAGGGCCUUCGGCAGGUACAACAUCACGUGGGAGCUCACCGUCACUGAGGUCCUCAACACCACCCUCCGGAACCGAGUCAUCCUGGUCAACUGUGAGAAGAGCAAGAUUGGCAACGAUCACUGUGACCCUGAGUGCGACCACCCCUUGACAGGGUACGACGGAGGAGACUGCCGAUUCCUGGGGAGGUGCUAUGUUUGGAAAAGGAGAGAUGGGGUCUGCAACAUGGAGUGUAACAAUAUCCUGGAUGACUUUGACGAUGGCGACUGCUGCGACCCCACAAUUACGGAUGUGAGGAAAACUUGUUUUGACCCAGACUCUCCAGAAAGGACCUACAUGAGUGUGAAGGAGCUGAAGGAGACACUGCAGAUCAAUUGCUCAAUGUACCUGAACGUCUAUUUUGCAAGCUCGGUGAGGGAGGAGCUGGCUGGAGCUGCCACCUGGCCCUGGGAUAAAGAAGCCCUGAGUCACUUGGGUGGGGCUGUCCUAAACCCAUCCUACUAUGGGAGGCCUGGCCACACCAACACCAUGAUCCAUGAGUUGGGCCAUAUACUGGGUUUGUACCAUGUUUUCAAAGGAGUAAGCGAGAAGGAGUCAUGUGAUGACCCGUGCAGGGAGUCUGUCCCUUCGAUGGAGACCGGAGACCUGUGCGCCGACACUACUCCGACCCCUAAGAGCAAACUUUGUCGGGAUCCCGACCCUGUAAACGAUACAUGCGGGCAAAUGCGAUACUAUGACACGCCAUUUGACAACUACAUGAGCUACACAGAUGAUAGCUGUACGAAUAAGUUUACACCAAAUCAAGUGGCCCGUAUGCACUGUUACUUGGACCUGGUAUAUCAAGGCUGGAUACAUUCGAAAAAGCCAUCACCCAUUGCAAUGGCUCCAGAAGUGAUCAAGCAAACCAUGAACUCUGUAACCAUUCACUGGCUGCCUCCAAUCAAUGGGAUACUGUACGAAAGAGAGAUGGGAAAGCUGUGUGGAGACUGUGAUGAGGACGGGAGAUUUUACCAGUAUGCAAGCUCUGCUUCUUCACCUCGUAUCUGUGAUUCAUCGGGCUACUGGACUCCAGAAGAGGCAGUGGGGUCUCCUGACGUGGACGAGCCAUGUGAGCCCAGCCUGCGGGCCUGGAGCCCAGAACUGCACCUCUACCACAUGAACAUGACGGUGCCUUGCCCCUUGCCAGACGGUUGCUUGCUGGAGCUGCUGUUUCCCCAGCCCGUUGUGGCGGACUCACUCUUGGUGUGGGUGACCUAUCUGUCUGCGAGGGCGGGCAAGACCAUCACUAACGUGAAGAUCCUGACUGUUGAUGGUGAGGAAAUUCACCUCGGUGGGCCAUACCACACCUUCUGUGACAUCCCCCUCACGGUUAAAAUCAAUGUCAAGAAGAGAGUGGCAGGGGUGAAGAUCUACACCUUUGACGAGAAGAUGGAGCUGGAUGCCGUGCUGUUGACCUCCAGGGUCCAGGAUCCCCUGUGCACCAAGUGCAAGUCUCUGAAAUACAAGGUUGUGAGGGAACCUCCGUUUCACAUGGGGCGGACAGUGACUGUCACUCAGGCAGAGAGAACCUUCACUGACUGGGAGGUUGUCCCAGGCAGAGUUUACAGCUACCAAGUGAAGGUAGUGGCCACAUCCACGUCGAGUGAUCUCACCCCACCUCUAUUCUACUUACACGGCAGUCCCUUUUGUGGGGAUGAACGAGUGGAAAACAAUCUUGGAGAAGAGUGUGAUGACGGUAAUUUAUUAGAUGGCGAUGGCUGCUCAAGGCGGUGUCAGAUAGAGGAACAUUUUAACUGUUUGGGAGAGCCCAGCCUCUGUUACGUUCAUGAUGGGGACGGAGUCUGUGAGGAAUUUGAGAGGAGAGGUAGUGUUCGUGACUGUGGCUUUCCCACACCAGAGGGUUUCACUGACCAGUGGGCAGCACAGGCCUUCACCCCUUACCAGGAUGACAGGAAGUGUCCGGUUAAAGUGGUAACUGGCCAACCUGCCUCAACUAAGGUUUGUCAGACUGAAUUUCUGGAUGUGAAUGAUGGGCUGUCCCAAUAUGCCUGGUUUCCAUGUACUGUUCCCUUCUACACUGUUAAUGAAUGGGACUUUAAUCAGCACUCUUCAUACCACAACUCUGAUGCUGAAAGCAAGCUGUGGCUGAAGGUCAGUUUUGAUCACCCUGGUGUGGCCAGCUCGAUUCUAAUUUAUUUAUCUGCAGAUGGUACAACACUGUAUGAUCAGCACCGCAAAUCGGUUACAGUCCAGCUCAUUGACACCAAUGGACGCAAUCACACUCUGGGUACUCGUGAACUGAACUGCCAGCGGAACCCACUGAUCAUAAAUGUCACAUACAAUCACAACUUCCCCUUCUAUAAGACAACAUCGAUGCUGCUGAACCUGUCCUCACCACUCAUAGCUGUCUCUGGGAUAGCUCUGCGGACGUACAGGCUUUUCAAUUCCAUUGCCUUGUCCAACUGUGUCGACCGAGAGGGAUACAGGAAGCACAAGAACAGUUGUGUGCGGUGUUCCUAUGGUCAAGAGCAGUGUGAAACGUUGUCAGUGAUCCAUGCAACCGUAAACUGCACUGUAGGUAACAUUGUGCAAAUGGAAUGCCAUGUUGCCUGUGCUAAAGGAUUGUCUUUGAAGACCAUAUGUGGCAAACACCUUGAUCCUCUUCAGACAGAGAUUUCCCUUAUUUGCAUGUAUGGAAAAUGGGACCGUCUUGUGACCUGUGACCCCAUUGACUGUGGUUUUCCUGACCAGUCACAUGUUUACCAUGCCGGCUUUUUCUGCCCUGAGGGUACCACCAUUGGAAAGAGGUGCACGUUCUCUUGCAGUCCACCAGCUAAAUUGCAAGGGGAGAACCACUCAUUGAUAUGUAUGGCAGAUGGCUUGUGGUCACUGCCUGAGGCUUACUGCAAGGUGGAAUGCCACACUCCACCACCAGUCGCCAAUGCCAAACUGCUGGUGCCAAAGUGUCAACAGGGAGCUCAUGACGUUGGUUCCGUCUGCAGAUACAAGUGCGCCCCUGGCUAUUACGUCCAUGGGAAUCACGACAAGCGAUCCAGAAAAAAGUUGCUGAAGCUGCAGUGUUUGGAAGGUGGACAUUGGGAGGAAGGAGGCUGUGACCCAGUGUUGUGUGAUCCCCCUCCUCCGGUCUUCGAGGGAAUGUACCACUGUACCAAUGGUUUUGAGUUCAACAGCCUCUGCAUUAUCCACUGCUAUGAUGGCAGUGAAAAGGAACCCAUCCGUUGUACUAAAGACGGCAGUUGGACGGAAGACUUUACACUCUGCGAACAGGUGCAUGGGGACUGCCUGCCACCUCCUGAGCUGAACUUGGUGGAGUAUAUAUGCACGGAAGGCCAUGCAAUAGGUUCAGAGUGUAUUCCAUCAUGCCUGAUCCCGCCCAGCGAUGCAGUGGUUUUGCCCAGUAACAGAACAGCAGACACCAUGGAGCACUGGAUGGAGCCACCCAAAGUACAGGCUGUGGUGUGCACAGGAAUGCUGCAGUGGUAUCCAGACCCUCACCUUAUCCACUGCAUCCAGUCGUGUGAGCCUUUCCAUGCUGAUGGUUGGUGUGACACAAUCAAUAACAGGGCAUACUGCCACUAUGACGGAGGAGAUUGCUGCUCAUCGACACUUUCUUCUAGAAAGGUCAUCCCUUUUGCUGCUAACUGUGACGAACAAGAUGAAUGUACCUGCCGGGACCCCAAAGCUGAGGAGAACCUUCAGAAAGAACGGGAGCUAAGAUUUCACUAACAUGGAAGAGAGGUAGACACCAUGUAAUCCAGCCAGCAGCAUUCUGGCCUUGGACCAGCAGUAAUGCCACAAAACACACAUUAUUUUGUUAUAUUCAAGCGGAACAGAGGAACGAGAGGCAAUGAUUUUUGUUUGUUAUCCAUGAAGAUCAGGAUCAGGGAUAGGGUCUUAACAAUAGGCAUGAAUGACAUUGAUACAGCAGUUUCACUUAAGAGACCUAGAGGAUAGGCAAUGAAGGGAUCAAACUGUGCAGUACACUGUCGACAACAUGCUGCUCCAGUAACACACACAUUUAUGUUACUAGUCAUUGUUUUGUUAUCUCUUCUCCCUCAGCCACUACAACCAAUUCCAUCCCAGGACCUCAAAACAGUGGGAAUCUAUCCUUCCAUCCCUCUUCCUUUCCACCUUUGAGUUUUGACUUCAUCCAUUACUACCAACUCUUGAGUUAUUGGGAAAUCAGGAGAGACCCUAUCAUCCUUUCCCUAAGACUUCAGCGAGUUUGUGUGAAAAGUUUUUCCAUUCAUCCAUCAUUCUUUCUCUGCAUGAUUGAGGUAAUUGAAAUUCUACCUGUCCUGCCAUGUCAAAGUAUCUCCGACUCUGACCAGUGCAACCCAGUGUUUGUUCUGUUCGGAGGGUUGUUUGGCCAUGACUAAUAUUCUGACAAAGGAAAUGAUGCAGUCACAUUCAGACUUUGAAUAUAUCCCAAUAUAGGGAUUCAACACUUUCCAAUUCAUUGUUUAGCUUUAACAUUAUAAAAGCAAAAUGUGUGAAAGUCAGUCAAGUCAAUCUUUUGAUUGGGAGUGGGUAAAGGUGGAAGAGGUAGCCUGAUACAACCACAAAAGACCAACCUGUUAUCCUGCACUGAUUCACUGAAAGAAAUACCCAGUGAAUCCCACUAUAUUUCACUUUCUCUACAGUCAUGUGUAUUGUCCCCUGUUCAAUAUAUACUCGAAUCUGUUUGCCAUCACCUUUUCUGGGUGGGAUGCUGUGACAUUUGGUGCGGACUUGUUGGGCCAAAGGGCCUGUUUCCACACUGCAGGGAUGCUAUGAUAAAUGACUUUAGAAGAAUUUGAUCAAAUUCUUCUAAGGAGAAUGAUUCCAGCUUCACUGGCUGAACUCACUCAUCCCUGAUAUUCUUUCAGUGAAUCUUAUCUUCAUCCUCUCUAAAGCCUUGACAUUCUUCCUGAAUUAAAUUCUAUAGCAGACUUCCUGAAGCUCGAACAGUGCUUUGUAAGGAUUGAGCAUAGCUUCCUUGCUUUUUUUAAAACUCAGUUGCCCUGUUAGUAAAGCCAAGGAUUGCUUGUUUCUCUGAUAAAUUUCUCAACCUUUCCUGGCACCUUCAAAGAUGGUGGACACACAUCUCCAGGUCUCUCUGUACCCAUUGCCUUUAACAUUUGUACUGUUUGGUUCAAAUUGCCUCUUUUUAUUACUCUCAGUAGAAUGUAAUAAGGAAACAUUUGAAGGACUAGAGGAGUAUGGCUAAGGGAUGAAAAACAAGAAAUUCAAUUAGCCGCCACAAUGGGUUAACACUGUGUUUCACCUACAGUGUCUGAUUCCAAAUCAACCUCCAAUACAGGUAUAUGAAGGCUGCAAAUAUGGCUCAGUUGGUAGUAUUCAGGCUUUUGAGUCACCAUGUCACUAAUUCAAUUCCCACUCCAUGAUCUGAACACAAAAAUUGAAGGUUAAAACUGCAGUGUAGCACUGUCUAAGAUGUCAUCUUUAAGAUGUCAACUCACAACCUCUAUCUGCACUCUCAGGCAGGGAUGGAGGAUCCAAGGAAACAAUCAUAAAGACAGGCAGGACAGUUACCGAGGUGUCCUGACACACAUUUAUCCUUGAAGAAACUUUCAAAAACAGAUUGUUCCAUUCAUUCACUUGCUGCAAAUCACAACUCUUACUAAAAUUAUUCAUUGGCUGCAAAGCACUUUGGGACAUACCAUGAUUGUGAAAAGGGCUUUUUAAAAUGUGGAUCUUGGUUUCUUUUGUUUAUUUAUUUUUAAUCUUUGAUUGGCUUCUUCUGACCUAAUUACGUUCUGUACAGCCAUAACAAGGGCUAGUGUAAAAGUAGAGCUAUCACACCAUUAUAUUGUAGACAUAGUGGAAGGAAUUUUAUCUUCUAUCUGACAAUCCAAAUGAAACUGCUGGUCUCUAAUUCGAGAGCUGGGCAUUGACAAUUAUUGUGGCCAUGCAUUUGGAUGGCAGAACUCAGUAGCCGAAAAUUUGUAUAAGACAGUACAAUACUUAUCAAAGGAAUUUGAUCAAACAGCACAGAAUAAAGGCCAUUCGGCCUCUCUUGUCUCUGAUAGAACUAUCCACUUACUCCCUUUCCCCCGGAUCCAUUGAACAUUUUCCUUUUUGGAAAAGAAGUACAAGUAUUCACUACAUUUUUGUUAUUAUAUUAAAUUUGACUUCUUAUUCCCUAAAUACUCAACACCAUAGGCUAUUUCAAACACUAUAAUCUUCCUGUUCCCUCUCAUCAACCUUGCACUUCAGCAUCCCCAACAAGUGUGAUGAAUGGAAACUGGAUCUUGGAUUUAAGAGAAUUGGAAAAUAUUGCUCAGUUGUGACAGUGUAUUAUCCUCAGGUACGAAGGCAAGUGAAAAUACGAACUCUACUUUUCAGCAAAUACACUAACUGCUGUUUCCUGAGUGGCUAGAGACUGCAUUUACCCCAGGGACCCAGACUGCCUGCCACUCCAGUCCCAAUCUGGACACAGCUCCAAUCCUCUCCGUUCCCCAAGGUCAACAUUCUAAAUGGAUCCAUCCCAGCAGAUCCUGACUUUACCCCCCGUUCCUCUCCAAAACCUGCCAUCCUACCCCUUCCUCAUAGCCAUUGAUGCAUACAUCAUGUAAACAGAUCCUUCGCUCCAACUCAUCCUCACCAUCCAUACAUUCUCAAUCUGGCCUAGUUGCAUUCACUAUAAUUUGGCCAGUAUCAUUCCAAAGCCUUCCUAUUCGUAUAUCCAUCCAGAUGCCUUUUAAAUGUUGUAAUUGUACUAGCCUCCACCACUUCAUCUGGCAGUUCAUUCCACACACGCACCAUCCUCUGCAUGAAAAAGUUCCAACUCAGAUCUGUUUUAGAUCCUUCCCCUCUCACUUUAAACCUGUGCCUUCUAAUUUUGGACUCUCCUAUCCAGGUCCCUCUUCAUUUUAUAAAUUUCUAUAAGGUCAUCUCUCAACCUUUGACACUCCAGGGAAAAUAAUCCUAGCCUAGUCAGACUCUCCCUAAAGCUCAAACCUUGCAAUCCCAACAACAUCCUUCCUAUAGAAGGGUAUGCAGAAUUGCAUGCAAUUUUCCAAAUUAGCCCCACCCAUGUCCUGUACAGCCACAAAAUGGCAUCCCAAUGCCGAUUAUGUUCUGACCAGUGAGGGAACACAUUCUUCACCACCCUGUCCACCUGCACCCAUAGAUCUCUUUGUUCUGCAACACACUAUAUAAGAACCAAAAGAACUGUGGAUGCUGUAAAGCAGAACAAAAACAGAAGUUGCUGGAAAAGCUCAGCAGGUCUAGCAGCAUCUGAGGAAGGUUCACUGGACCGAAACGUUAACACUAAGUUAAUAAGUCCUGCCUUGAUUUGCCUUACCAAUAUACAACACCUCACAUUUACAUAAAUUAAGCUCCAUUUCCCACUCCUCCUAAAUUCAACACCAUUGGCCCAACUGAUCAACAUUCUAUUAUGCUCUGAAGUAACCUUCUUCACUGUCCACUACACUACCUCCUAUCAUUUUCAUAAAUGACAAAAAGUAAUGGACCUGUACCGAUCCCUUUGGAACACCGCUGGUCACAGUCCUCUCGUCAAAAAGCAAUCCUGUCCUAUCUUCAAUACAAUGGGUCCCUCUGCCAUUUAAUUUACCUCAGCAGCUGUCAAAAUGCAUUUGGGAUCCUUGAAAUGCAGCAAGCAGUUUCUAAGAAAAGAAUUGUGACCUCCACACCAAUCCACCUGGCUGCCACUUGCAUAGAUUCCUGGCCUGCACUGAGCUGCUUCAUCUGGGAAGAUUCCUGGAUCAAGCCUCUAGAGCUCUUCCAGAGAUCAGGGUCAGGAAACAGCUUCCAAUUCUGAUCAGGGGAUCUCACUCAUUAGACCUUAACAUUUAAAGGCUCCGGAACACUCUACAUUUCAUAGAGAGUGUUGCCUUCCAGAUUACUCCUUCAGAUAGUAACUUGGCAAUAACUUCUAGUUUAGAGCCAUGAAGUGUUUUAUUUUAAAACUUGAUUGCAAAUGAAAGGAAGACGACUUGCAGUGAAUCUUAACCCAAACUUAAGACGUGUCACUCUGAUGCAAGACUAGCAUCACAGAAAUUAAAAACUGCCAUUCCUCCAACAGGUGGCCAAUGUGCAUGCCACAGUAUAUCAUUUAACAAAAGUGUACAUUGUUUAACUAACAAUAUUUUUCUCAAAGUUCACUCUCACAGAAUAGCUGAGUCUGUCACACACCCAUUUCCCACAGCCAACAAUAAUCCUGUUAUCAAAACUAGAUCCUGCACAUCUAUAAAUACAUCACACUGAAGUUCAAACUUACCUCUGCAGUCAUAAGACACAUUCACACUGUGUGCUGCUUAGGUAUGUAGCUGGGUCACAGGGCAGCCAGCAAUGCUAAGAUAAUAGAACGUGCACCAAUAGUUUUAUUAGCUUGCUUCAUAAAUCAACAGGUUCCACAGAGGCUGAGAAAAUCCUGGAUGCAUUCACCACUAUGACCUAGGAACUGUUUUAAUAUUUAUACUGGUCUUUCUGAACAAAAUAGUUCCAGUUAGGAAGAUGAGUUUUGAUUACCUCAAUCACUUACUCUGCGGAAACACAUCUGCCUCUUGAGCCCAGUUACGCUCUUAACCCCCAAGUCUCUUGUUGAUAAAUUAUUCUCCUCCUGUUGCUUUUUGUUUCAAACUUAAUUCCCUUGGUCUUUGAACACUGAACAAUUUGCCUGGAUCCACGUCUACUGGCAGAAGUGUCCCAGGACUCGUGGAUGGGUCUUAACCCCAGCUCUGGUUAAAUCAGAAGGAAUGCCUGCAUUUCUGCCAUUACUCCUGAACACUUGACUGCCUCCUCCCCCUUCACCCCAGCUCCUAUUGGCUGACACUUUCUCACAAGAGGCAAUGUUUCCUUUUGUGUUUCAAUAUUUUCCCCUAAAGUUGGCAGUGUAUGGUUCAAGACACACCAGUGCCUUGAGGAGAAAGAACUGUUCCAUUUUGAAGGGUCACUGGACGCAAAACGUUGACUUUUUCUUUCCACAGAUGCUGCCAGACCUGCUGAGUUUCUCCAGCUAUUUAUGCUUUUGUUUCCGAUUUCUUGCCUCAACAGUUUUUUUUAAAAGAAGCAAAAUUUUGUGCAUAUUAUCUACUUGCAUAGAAAAGGAUGUGAAUUCAGGCAGAUUAAAGAAUAUUCUAAUAACAAUAGAUGUAUUAUUGGAUGCCAGCUAAUUUAGAAUGAUCAAGAGGCUUAUUCCAUCAUAUCAAAGUAACAGAGCAUUUCUGCAGUUGCAAGGGCGACCAGGUCUAGAUGUUUGAGAGUUUACCCAACCUACAUUCACUUUCAGACCGAGGUGGAACUCCUGGUCUGAAUACAAGCGAAUAGGUGGACUGCAGCAGCUGAAAAAGGCAACUGACCACCACCUUGGUAAAGGAUCGGAAAUAAAUGCUGCACUUGCCAUCAUUGGCCAGUUCCUUGAAGAAAUAUUUAUUUCUUUCAAAACACAAAGGUAAAUAAAAAACAAAAUCAAAACACAACGGUUGAAAGAAACAAGUGGCAUAACAACCUGUGCCAAAAUUUGAUCCAGAAAGAGGUACAAGUCCUUCACACACGCGUAAACCUAAAUAUUACGCAAACUUCCUUUUGAUAAUCUUGCUUUGGUCGCAAGGAUUAAUAUUUAAUGUACAGUGUUGACAAGGUGGAAAUUUGCUGUACAGACAUAAUGUCUGGGAGGGGGAGGGGGGUUUGGUGGUGAUAUUACAGGUCAACCCAGGUUGUAUAAAACUGAAUUCCAUAGCAGUGGUGCCAUGCCCACUACCGUUCAUCUCCACUGGUCUUUACCCACAGCUCAGUAUGUCCAAGCAGAGUGAGGGAGCCUAUGAGGAAAGGAAGUAGUUCUUCUUUAGCACAGCCAAGUGUGGCAGUAGGUGGAUGUGGCAGUCUCACCGUGGGUCAAUUAACCAACUGAUGGCUGCAAAAUUGGUGCAGGAUGUCCUGAGCGAGCGCAGGUGGAGUUGCUGCAAAUUUUUCAGAAAAGGUUGGGUGGGGGGGUUAGAAGAUUGUGGGCAGGGCCACCAUCUCCAUGUAAAAUUCCAUCCUUUGCCUACCUUUACUGUCAGCAGAGUGUGUGGCACAUACUGGAGGAGUUCCAGUGCUGCAGUCCCUAUCCCAAGGUACUCCAUGUUAGGUAUGCAGCUCCAAUACCACCCACCUCCCAACGACCUAAUUUGAAGUCAAAAUUAAAGUAGUAAAUCAGCGUCUCCUAAAUUUACCGUAGAGUCAUACAGCAUGGAAACAGAUCCUUCGGUUCAACCUGUCUAUACUGACCAAGUUUCCCAAACUAAACUAGUCCCAUUUGCUGGCAUUUAGCGGAUAUUUUUUCUAAAUCUUUCCUAUUCGUGUGCCUAUCUAAAUCGCUUUUAAAUGUUUUAACUACCACUUCAUGUAUGAGAAUACAAUAUCAUACAGGUGGAGCAAAAUCCUGGAACAUCGUUCCUAACAGCAAUGAUAUUUCACCCCAAAGACUGCAACAGUUCAAGAAGGUGCCUGUCCAGCCCCACCUCCUCCAGGGCAAUCAGGGAUGGGCAAUAAUUGUUCGUCCACCCAGUGAAGGUCACAUUCCAUAAACAAAUUUUAAAACAGCUCAGAACAUACGGAUGUCUUGCAAUAUAUAGAGCACAAUAUUCAAGAAAUCUUUGCAAUGAAUGCAGCAAAGACAGCCCUAAAAUGAAUACAUUCUUGAUGCCAAAUAGCUUUAUUAUUGCCCUCAAGAUUGUUAGGGAGAAUAGGGAGGAGACAUGGGAGGGUAUGCAUUGUCUUCACAGAAAGUUUAUUGCAGACGCCUGGGGCGAACAGACUAACUGGGGACAUAAAAGCUAAUUAAUGUGAACCCUCUCAUUAAAAGAACGGCAAAAGAAUAUGACCCAGGCAACCGCAGACCCAUUACCCAAGUCGCAAUAACCAGGGAACAACAAGCUGUUCUAGAGAGUGAACAUGAGGAUUUCCUCAGUGUUAACAAUGGUAAUCAGUUGGCUUCAAAUUAAAAGUGAAAACUCCAGCCUGAGAAACAUCCUGAAAUUCUUCGAGGAGCUUUCAGAUUAUGAUUGCUUAGUCUUUGCACAUGAGGAUGAUGGCAUCAUUUACUAGAGGGCAAGUGGAAUACCUUCCGGGGAAUCUCACCACAGUCAGCUGCCUCUGAUUCCUUUGAGAUUACACUGGAACUGUAAUAUUCCCAAAUUAAAGCCAGGAACUUGGAGUAUAAAGUAGUGGGGGGAGGGACUCGUGCCUGUCUAACCUUCUCCUGCUGGACAGGAAUUCCAACUCACUUUUUGUCAGAUGUCAUUGUGGCUGUCUUUUUUUUGGAAAGAAAGACCAAACUCCACAGCAUUGUGACUUCAUCCACAGCCUUCCCACUCCUUCCCAAUGCCCCGGUCAAGGAUAGGGAUCAUUUUCACCAGGAUGACACCAACUCAAUCCCAGCAUGCAGUGUUCUGUUGCCAAAAGGGGCACGAUGAUGACAGGAGGUCUCGAGCUAACAUGGGUCAUGAUAUUUGUGGCAUUUUCUGUGACAUGGACUAUUUCACAGGCAUAUGUCCCAUAGGGCUAGAUAAUUCAUUUAGCCUUAUCAAAGUAUGAACAGUCACUUGCAGAUAUGAUCGGCACACUUUCGGGCAAGGCCUUGAUUUUUCAACCCGUGGACCCACCUCCCUCUAUCUGUGGGUUUCAACAUUAUUUGAUGAUAUUCCUGCAGUCAUCGUUCUGGAACUAGCUUUCACUUCUCUUUUUAGCUCGUUGGGUUGGAUUUAACCCAUGUUGGACCCCUAUCUCUGGAGCAGAAACCUAACUCUCUCUAUUACCAGUGACAUUCCCACCACACCACUGUCUUCCUCCACUUUACCACAAUGGUUGUAGUUUAACAGUUUGCAUAGGAAUAUGAUGAAAUUCAUGCUACAAAUUGAUUUCAGGGAAAGCUUCGGUCCAGACGGUUGGAGGAGGAGGAGGAGAAUGGGCGGAAAUUAUAGUCUUGUCAGUGAUAAGAGAAAUAAGCAUAUGUAAGAAUCACAUAUUGUCUCUGGACCAAUGUGUUAGUGGGUUAUAGAGAAUGUGUAUUGUACCAUGUAGCUUGCCAUGGCUUCUUUGUUAGAGAGGAAGCUAUAAACAGUGUGUGAUAGCAAGAGGCUGCUAUAUAGAUAAAGAGCUUUCUUGAAUGAGCCCUUAUUUAAAACUUGUUGAAUGGUGGGGAUUUGAGCUCUCUGCUUAAAAGAACAGUACAAAACCCGACUGUGACAAGUCAGAGUGAUGAUGAUAAUCUUCAGUAUUAUCUGCCACUUAAGAAUAUUGUUUAAUGUUGUUCAAUGGUUGCUGCUCAUUUACAGACGAUCUCUGUUCUAAGUAAUCUACCUGUUUUGACUAUUGUAAUAUGCAUAAGACUGUGUUCAGUGUUAGCAACUCGCUCAUUCAAGGAAUGUAAAGUUUACGAAUCACUUCAUACUAACAAUACAAGUAGAGCUGCUUUGUGGGUAUUUUUCAGCACACAGAGAGACAAAUGCAUUUCUGAAGUCAUGCUGGUUGUGCUUGUAACCCCCCGCCAACAAAUCUCCAACAACCAUCCACUGUUGGAAAUAUCUGCUGCCAAUUCUUUCACAGUUUUAGGUGUGGGCGUCAACCUUGAGCAAUUCCUUGUAUCCCUCACCACUUCCUGGAGCUUCCGAGCUUUUAGCCCAUCUACCUGCCAGUCUGACCACUAAGGUCCUUGAGUAGAUUUUUCUGACUACUGUUGACACAGAGGAGGAACCAGAAAAAAAAGCACAAAACUCCUCAGACAAGAGGCACUCACAUUCCUCCAACUUAAGUCCAUGCGUCUGUACGCUCAAGGAUUUCAAAGAAUGAGAAGUGAGCCCCUCGGAACAGUGUAUGAAACUUUCAGAUCCUGAGAAGCUGUUUCCCCUUGCUGGCAAGUCUAGGACCGGGGGCCUGAUCUCAGAAUAAGAUGCCAAUCAUUUCAUGAUAAGACAAGAAAUGUCUUCACUAGGAUGGUUACAUUCCUCUGUGCCAAACUUUUACCCUAAUCCUAUCUAAUCUCCACCCCUACCUUAUACUAUCAUCCAUAUGCCUAUCUAAUAGCCACUUAAAUGCCCCUAAUGAGGCUGACUCCACUACCCUCUCUGGUAAUGCAUUCCACACCCCAACCACUCUGAGUAAAAAACUUACCUCUGACAUCUAAUGUGGGGAACUGUGUGGGAAAGUGAGCUGAGGUUAAAAAUCAGUCAUGUUUUUGUUUAAUGUGGAACAGGCAUGAGGGGCUGUCGCAGUCUACUCCUGCUGCUAUUUAUAGAAUAAAUAAGAAAGCUGCUCUGUUGCUGAAACUGAAAAAUCAGGAACAGGUGGGCAUGCGACAACCAGGAUCCAGUGUUUAAAUCUGCGAAUUAUUUGUCAUUGAGGUGCCUCAGCCAGGCUUCCUCCACAUGCAGCUGAGCAUAUCACUCACAGGCAGGUUAAACUCACAUAUCUUGCUGGCUGUGAUGCUUUCUGUCUAUAGCAAAAAACUUCAUUGUUCCAGCAGACAUGCAGACCUUGGAUGUACAGACCUGGCUUCUCACACUGUUCAAUCCUUACCUCUGUACACUUGGUAUUCUGUCUGAUAAACUGGAACUUAACUCACUGCUGAAAUAUUUCUUUAAUGAUCGGGAGCUAAGCCACACUGAACAUGGUUUUCCUACAUUUUAAACUUAUUUUGUUUCUACGCUUGAGAAACUGUCUUACAAUUUAUUGUCUGUAUAGAACUAAUUCAAAAAUAAAAGCUGUUAUCCUCAUC